GAUAUAGUUUUGCUCCACCGACCCGACCAGCCCUAUUUACCCCAGCAAAUCCUCCCCCUCGGAUUCUCAACCGCCGUCUCCGUCGACGCCAUCACCGCCGCCGCCGCCGCCGCCGCCAUGUCCUUCCAAUCUUUCGCCGCCGGCCCGGAUAUCCACAACCCCCACCAGCACCUGCAGCCGCACCUCUAUCACAACGACCCUCCGCCCCACCCCAAUCCCCGCCGCCGCCGCCGCCGCGACCACGACGACACCUACCACCCCUAUCCUGUGCCCCACGUGCACUCCUAUCCAGCCGCCGCCGCCGGUACCGUGCCCUACCACGUCCCCUCCGACCCGCUCGCGCUCUCGCACCUCCAAGAGCGCCUCUUUCCUCUUCCUCCUCACUCUCACCCGGCCGCGGACCCGCCCCCGCCGAAGCGGGCCCGCCGCCCGCCCGAUCCUCGGUGGGAUCGGCCGCCGCCUGCAGAGGCCGCCCCGGCAGCGCCGGAAAGGCCUCCGGAGGAAGGCGACCCUGGGCCGCUGCUGUCGCGGGACGAGAUUGAGCGGCGGUCGCCGUCGCGGAGGGACGGGAUCGAUUCCGCGCUCGAGGCGAGGCUGCGCGCGUCCUACUGCGCCUACCUGCGCUGCCUUGGCAUCCGCCUUGGGCUUCCACAAACAACAAUCGCUACGGCCGUGGUGUAUUGCCACCGGUUCUUCUUCCACAGAUCUCACGCCUGCCAUGAUAGAUUUUUGGUUGCAACCGCUGCCUUGUUUCUGGCAGCGAAGUCGGAAGAAACAGCAUGCCUUUUGAAUACUGUUCUUAGGGCUUCGUGUGAAGUUUCUCAAAAUCAAGAAUUCAACCUCCUUCCUUAUAUGCUACGGGGUCAAGACUGGUUUCAACAGUACAGAGAGAGUGUCAUACAGGCGGAGCAAAUGAUACUGACAACACUUGAUUUUGAACUUGAAGUAGCCCAUCCAUAUGCGUCCCUUUCCUCUGCUUUAAGCAAACUAGGGCUCUCGCAUACUGUACUAUUUAAUGUGGCUUGGAAUCUGAUCAACGAAGGGCUCCCAAGUUCACUUUGGCUUCAGUUCAAACCUCAUCACAUUGCUGCUGGAGCUGCAUUCCUUGCUGCAAAGUUCCUCCACUAUGACAUUACGUUUCACCCGAAAUUCUGGCAUGAAUUCAAGACGGCUCCAUAUAUUGUUCAAGAUGUUGUCCAGCAGUUGAAGGAGCUAAUUUAGGGUGUAGUAUUCAAUGUGUUCGUUUUAUACCAAGAGAUACUUUUACUUAGUUUGUAGUUACCACUGCUAGAAAUAUGUAUACAUUGAUAUGUGGUCACUUUCUUUAAUUACUGAACUGCGUAAGUGUUCUGAAAUUAUAUCCAUUCUUUUUUCUUAGAGGUUUU